AUGGCGUUAACAUCAGCAGCCGGUUUUAUAUCUCUGCUUGAUGAUGAAAGGCAGGAUAUAAAGGCUUUUGCUCUUAAAAGGUUGACUGAUUUGGUGGAUGAAUUCUGGGCAGAAAUAUCUGAAUCUGUCGAUAAAAUCGAAAUUCUCUAUGAGGACAGUUCCUUUGCCUAUAACAAAGCUGCCGCUCUCCUGGCCUCGAAGGUUUAUUUUCAUCUUGGCGAAUAUGAUGAUGCUCUUCACUUCGCUCUUUGUGCUGAGGAAUUAUUUGAUCCUAACGCUAAAGCUGAAUAUGUGAGAACCAUGAUUACCAAAUGCAUCGAUAAGUAUACUUCAAUUCGUGCUGAAGACGAGAUUAAUCCAGGAUCUAAACUUUCUGCCAAAGAUCUUAAAUCUAGCGGUAGAAAAUGGUCUGUUGGAGAUGGAAGUACUUACUUCCAACUGGAAACCGUUGUCAAUCGCAUGUUUAACAAGUGUUUUGCCCACAAGCAAUUCAAACAAGCCCUUGGAAUUGCUAUUGAAACGAGGAGAGAUGAUAUUUUUGAGAAAGCCAUUAUUUUGGCUGAUGAUCGAGAUGAUAUGCUUCGAUAUGCUCUCAAAACGGUUCUGACUCUGGUUGAUAGCGUUAAAUUGCGAAACCGUUUGUUGACGAUUCUUGUUCAAAUAUACAGUAAAAACCCUACACCUGCGGACUCUGUUCACAUCUGCCAAUGUCUUGUUCUUAUGGAUAAUUCCAAGACUACUGCGGAAGUGCUGGAGAAUCUCAUCCUUCUCUCAGAGGAAGCUUCUGUCACCGCAUAUCAAAUUGGUUUCGAUCUCUACGAGAACGCUACUCAACAAUUCCUUCAUGGCGUUACUGAUGCGCUCUCAAAAAGCGAAAAAAUUGGCCAUUUGAUUGAAAAAGUUGAUCCUUCGGCUAAGAAUGGUGAGUCGGAACCUAAGAAAAAUGAGGUAGCUUCCGGUGAGCCUAUUCCUACUUCGGAGUCAACGUCUCUUGAAGAAUCGAAGGUUGAACUCUCGGUUAACGAUAAAGCCAUUAAAAAACGUCUUGAAUUGUUGAAUUCUAUCCUCUCUGGUGAUAAGGUCAUUGAGCUGCAUUUGCAAUUCCUUAUUCGUAAUAAUAAAGCUGAUUUGAGGUUGCUGGAGCGUAUUAAAGAGGAUGUUCGUAAUUCUGUCACUCACAAUGCAACUGUUAUUGCAAACAGUCUAAUGCAUUGUGGUACUACAUCGGAUCAAUUCCUUCGCGAUCACUUAACUUGGCUCGGCAAAGCGGUUAACUGGGCCAAGUUUACCGCUACAGCUACCCUUGGUGUUAUUCAUCGUGGAAAUGAGAAGGAGGCGUUGAGGCUAAUGUCAGCUUAUCUCCCUAAGGAUGCCUCUGGUUCGUCCGGUAGCUUCUAUACUGAAGGUGGUGGCUUGUAUGCUCUUGGUCUUAUUCAUGCCAAUCAUGGUGGUUCAAUGACGGAAUAUCUUUUUAACCAAUGCAAGGAGGCUACUGCUGAGCCUGUACGCCAUGGUGCUUGUCUUGGUCUCGGUCUGGCUGCUAUGGGGACUGGACGGGAAGAUAUUUAUGAUCAGAUCAAGCAGCAUUUAUAUCAGGAUGAUGCUAUUACAGGUGAAGCUGCUGGUUUGGCAAUGGGUUUGGUUAUGCUAGGGACCGGAUCUUCGACAGCGGUUAACGAUCUCUUAAGUUACACAGUUGACACAUCUCACGAGAAAAUUAUGCGAGGUAUCGCCCUCGGUAUUGCUCUUAUCAUGUUCGGCAAACGUGAGGAGGCCGAUGAACUCAUUAACAAUCUCAUCCAGGAAACUGAUCCAAUCAUUCGUUGGUGUGGUAUGGCAACUAUCGCUAUGGCUUAUUGCGGUACAAACAACAAUGCCGCUAUUGAGAAAUUGCUCCAUGCCGCUGUUUCUGAUACCAAUGAUGAUGUGCGACGUUGGGCACUUACUGCUCUUGGUUUUGUCAUGUUUAAGGAUGCUGAUAAGGUGCCUUCUCUGGUCUCCCUUCUUGCUGAAUCUUAUCACCCGCAUCUUCGUUAUGGUGCUGCAAUGGCUUUGGGUAUUGCUUGCGCUGGAACAGCUAACAAGGAAGCCAUUGCUUUGCUUGAACAACUCCUUGAUGGCACUGUUCAUUUUGUGCGUCAAGGAGCGCUCAUUGCCAUGGCUAUGGUCCUUAUGCAACAGAAUGCUGUCUCCUGUCCAAAAUCUGCCGAAUUCCGAGAAAGGUGCCUGAAAAUUAUCUCUGAUAGGCAUGAAGAUAUGCUGGCCAAGUUUGGUGCCAUCUUGGCUUGUGGUAUUCUUGAUGCUGGUGGUUGCAAUAUGACCAUCUCACUGCAAACGCGUAUCGGUAACACCAACAUGUUAGCAGCUGUUGGUCUUCUUGUAUUCCAGAACUUCUGGUUCUGGUAUCCUCUGACUAACUUCAUUAGCUUGGCCUUCUCGCCAACUGCUAUUAUUGGCCUGAACAAGAAUCUUGAAAUGCCUCAGAUGCAAUUCAGGUCGAAUGCUAAGCCUUCGAUGUUCGCUUAUCCUCCACCACUACAAAUCGAGAAGGAGAAGAAAAAGGAGAAAGUCGAAACUGCUAUUUUGAGUAUCACGGCUAAACAUAAGAAGAGAGGGCUUGAAAAGAGGAAACCAGACAUUACCUCAUCCUCUGCUGAUUCUGAUAAGUUUGAGAAGAUGGACGUCGAUAGUCAACCAUCGUCUUCAACCACGUUGGUAAUGAAGAAAGAGCCACAAAAGGAGCCCAAUUUUUCUAUUCUCUCAAAUCCAGCUCGUGUUCUUCGAUCCCAACAGCGUGUUCUCUCACUACCCGAGAACUGCAGAUAUUACUCAAUUAAACCCAUCACUCAAGCCGGCAUUCUCCUUUUCCAUGACCAUCGACCUGAUGAAAAGGAGGUCCUUGUUGAAACUGUCCAACCUCAUGGUCCCGUCUUGGGUGGAAGAGGAGGAAAGGGUGUUGGUAAGAGUAUCGGAACUGGUGCUGGUGGAAGUGGUCCAUCUGAUGCCGCUUCGGCUGAUGAAGCUUCCCCUGAUACUCCCGUUCACGCUUCCCUAGUUGGAGCGGUUCUUGAAGACGAUGACCUCGAUGAAGACAUCGACGAUGAACAGGACGGUGACUCUUUGUCUGAAGAUGCAGAAGACGAAAGUCAAGACGGAGAAGAUUCCUUGUCUGAGGAGGAUGAUGAUAUUGUAGGAGUGGAUGACAUUGUUGACGAUGCAGAAAUGGAUGAUGCGUUGUUGGAGGAGAUGGGAGAGCAGUUUUCUUCAGCCGUAGGCGGCCAACGAUCUCAUCGUUCUCCUAAGCAAGGUGGUCAAAGUGGUGGUGCUUCUAGUUCUUCAGGUACCGCUUCAGAACCAGCUCCUCCAGAAGCCUUCCUCUGGACUGAGGAGGAUGAAAAUGCCACGGCAACUACUGCUGGUGCUUCAGCUACCAAGACAACUAACACAACGACGACUGCAACGGCUUCAACCGGUGGCAACAGUGGAACUGCAACUACCCAAAGUCAGGCUCCUCAUGGUCAAACAGUUGCAGAACCGAUGGAUACUGAUAGCCCUCAGCAGCCACCGGCGACCGAGGAGACUGGAUCGGAUGUAGAUGAGAUGAUUGCUAGGCAACAGGAAGAAGAGAAGAAAAAGAAGAACCCCUAA